UGCUGGAUCACUGCUGAUGUUCUGGAGGGUUUGUUGGAGACCAGAGAUGGACGAGAGCUGCCAAAGACCCUGACUGGGAUGUACAUCUGCUUCCUAAAGCUUCAGAUCGAACGGAAAAUAAUCAAAUAUGAUGGAAGACAGAAGAUAGAGUCCCCAUGGACUCAAGAGAACAUCACGAUGGUUCAGUAUCUGGGAAAACUGGCAUUUGAAGGGCUGCUGGAAGGAAACCUGAUCUUCUAUCAGUCAGACCUAGAAAAGUGUGGCAUCAACAUCAAAGAUGCUUCGUGGUUCUCAGGAGUGUUUACUGAGAUCUUUAAAAAGGGGAGAGGGAUGGACGACACCUCAGUCUACUGCUUUGUUCAUCUGAGCUUCCAGGAGUUUCUGGCUGCAGUCUACCUGCUCCACUGCUUCACCAGCAGGAACACAGAUGUGGUGGAGAACUUACUGGGAGAGAAAUACACAGAAACAUCUCUGGAGGACUUCAUGAAGAAAGUCAUGGAGAAAUCCCUCAGUAGUAAAAAUGGCCACCUGGACCUGUUUGCUCGCUUCCUUUAUGGCCUCUCUGUGGAGUCCAACCAGAGCCUCUUAGGAGGCCUGCUGGGUCAGAUGGAGAACAGUCCAGGAACCAUCCAGAGAUUGAUCAGCAAUCUGAAGAAGAUUAACAAUGGUAAAUUCUCUGUUGCCCAAACCAUUAACAUCUUCCUCUGUCGUCAGGAGAUGGAGGGUGUCUUAGUUUCCCGGGAGAUCCAGGAUUUGCUGAAAUCAGAAAAGCAUGUCUCAGCCAUCCAGUGCUCAGCUAUGGCCUACAUGCUGCAGAUGUCAGAUGAGGUUGUGGACGAGUUGGACCUGGAGAAGUACAACACAUCAGAGAAUGGACGAUGGAGACUGUUUCCAGCUUUGAGUAACUGCAGAAAGGCUCGACUUGGUGGCUGUUCUCUCUAUAAGUUGGAAUGUGAAGUUUUGGCCUCAGCUCUGAAGUCCAACCCUCAUCUGACUGAAGUCGUAAUAGAGAAGAUCGGUGGACACUGUGAACGCUUUGAAGAGUCUGAAAUUAAGCCUGUGUGUGAGGUACUGGAGAGUUCUAAAUGCAAAGUGAAGAAACUGAAAUUGUGGGACUGCAAUUUGUCAGAGACCAGCUGGAAUUCUCUGUUCUCAGCUCUGAAGUCUAAUCCAUCCCAUCUCACAGAACUGAACCUGCUAAGAACCAACCUGGACUCUGGAUUGAAGGAGCUCAGUGGGUUUCUCCAGUCUCCCCUCUGCAAACUACAGACAUUGAGGUUGAGGCACUGCGGUUUUUCAAAGUCCAUUUGUGAUUCUUUGGUCUCAGCUCUGAAGUCAAAGCCCUCACAUCUGGAAAACCUGGACCUGAGUUGGAACAACCUGAAGAAGCCAGAUGUUCAGCAGCUGUGGGAUCUUGUAGAGAGUCCAGACUACAAACUGCAGUGUCUGGAUGUGUGGGGAUGUUCUUACUAGAGGAGAGAAGCUGAUCUGUGUCCUGAUGAUCAACAGAGCUUGAAGCUGCAGCAGUCUGAGUUUAAAGAGACUCUGACUGGAUCCUGAGGAUGAACUCUGAGUUUGUAGAUUUUUUUAGAGAGCAGUUUAGUGGUGAGUCUGUUCAGGAUUAUUGUGUUGAAGGCAGGACUGAAAUAAUCCUCAAAGAGCAUCCAGACGUAGCUCUUCUGCUGCUCCAGAAGGUUCAGUGCAGAGUGGAGAGCUAUGGCAAUGGCGUCCUUUGUGGAUCCGUUCACAUCCAAGGAAGAAGGAAGAUAAUAUCACAAUUUCCAGAACAAACUCUUUACCAACAUAAAUCAUGUAGGAGGAGCAUCAAAUUCACUGGACCAAUUGAGAGAAUCCAAAUCCCCUUCAUAUCAUCAUGGUAAUUGCAAGAUGAUGCU